GCCUUCUUGCCGCUUAGGGUGUUGUUGAGAGAGGAAGCUAAGCGCGCCUUUCCUUGAAUUGCUGAUCAUUAUAGGGAGGGGAGGGGGGGUGCAUCACUGGCUCGGCUGCCAGCCUGCUCUGGAGAGCCGGGAAAGGAAGACCAGCCUGAGCCGCAGCCUGCCUGAGUCGAGCGUGAGCUGCCGCGUGCAGGGUAGAGCCCGGAGUGAGAGGCUGCCUGCCUGCUGCUUUUGGCGGCUGGGGCUGGACCGUCAGUGUCCCUUUCCUGGUUCCUGUCUUGUUCUGUCCCCCUCUAAGCUGCCUCAAGUUCCUGCUGCUUGUUUCUCUGCCCCUGAGGAAGGAAACUCCCCUGCAGAGUAAUAGAAAGAAGAUCCAAUCGCUUAGAUCAUCCACCUUUGCUUGCAAAGUGUCUCUUGGUCUUGAGAGUUUGUUUUCAGGAAGUAAAAGCACUAUCGGUCCAGGCAAUCCUUGCCUUGAGGAACAUUCAAGGAGAAGAGAGAAGUGAUUAUUUGGCUUUCUUAAGGACUGCCUUGAAAGACAGAUGGAAGGGCAAAGGUCAGCUGGCCCCGGAGGAGGAAAAGGCCCUGUUGUCAACUGGGCUUGGCAGAGUGAGGAAUUCUGGGAAAGGACUGUGCAGAAAAUUCUAGCCAAGGACCCCAUCAGCUCAGAGGCACAGCACCAGCGCUUCAGGCAGUUCCAAUAUCAGGAGGCUGAGGGACCCCGAGAGAUUUGUAGCCAGCUGCACAACCUUUGCCAUCAGUGGCUGAAGCCAGAAAGGCACACAAAGAAGCAGAUCCUGGACCUGGUGAUCCUGGAGCAGUUCUUGGCUGUCCUGCCCACAGAGAUGGAGAGCUGGGUCAGAGAAUGUGGAGCAGAGACCAGUUCGCAGGCGGUGGCCCUGGCAGAAGGUUUCCUCCUGAGCCAGGCAGAGGACAAGAAGCAGAAACAACAACAGGGGGAAUUUGCAGAAGUGGCCACUGAUUUCCCUGAGGCAGAGAAGGCCACACUGGACACCAGAAAAAGGCCGCUAUUCUGGAGGAUCCCACAUGAGGGUGAUAGAGGUACCACCUUGCUGGGUGAUGCCCUUCUUGCUUCUGCUGGGAUGGAAACAAUUGCUGCACAAUCUGCUCAGGGUUGGGUCUCCUUUCAGGAGGUGGCUGUGUAUUUCUCUGAGGAGGAAUGGGCCCAGCUGGAUGGAGGCCAAAGAGCCAUACACAAGGAAGUCAUGCUGGAGAAUUAUGGGAAUGUGGUCUGUCUGGGUGAUGGCAAGGGACCGUAUCAGUGCUUGGAGUGUGGAAAGACCUUCAAACUGAGGCAAUACCUUACUUCCCAUAUACAAAUCCACAUGGGAGAGAAAACGUAUAAGUGCACAGAUUGUGCCAAGAGCUUUUUGUGUAAAUCAACCUUUAAUAAACACCAGAGAAUCCACACAGGGGAAAGACCAUAUAAAUGCUCAGAGUGUGCAAAGAGCUUCAUUCGGAAGGAACACCUUACUGCACAUCAACGAAUUCACACGGGGGAGAAACCAUAUAAGUGCUCAGACUGUACCAAGAGUUUUUCAGAUCAAUCAACCUUUAUUCACCACCAAAGAAUCCACACAGGAGAGAAACCAAACAGAUGCCUGGAGUGUGGAAAGAGCUUCAGUUGUAGAGAGUACCUAGUUGGACAUCAUCAACGAAUACACACAGGAGAGAAACCAUAUACAUGCUCAAACUGUGCAAGGAGCUUUUCAGAUAGAUCAAGUUUUAAGAGACACCAAAGAACCCACACAGGGGAAAGACCAUAUGCAUGCUCCGAGUGUGGAAAGAGCUUCAGUCGGAAGCAACACCUUAUUUUACAUCAGCGAAUCCACACAGGGGAAAAACCCUAUAAAUGCUUGGAGUGUGGACAGAGCUUCCGUGUCAGCACAAGUUUAAGUUUGCAUCAGAGAAUCCAUACAGGGGAAAAAACAUACAAAUGCCUGGAGUGUGGAAAGAGCUUCUUUCGGAAGCAAUACCUUAUUUCGCAUCAACGAACUCACACAGGGAUGAAACCAUAUAAGUGCUCAGAUGUACCAACAGUCUUUUGGCUCAAUCAGGCCUUAAUAAACACCUACAAAUCCACACAAGGGAAAGACCAUAUAAAUACUUGGCAGGAAGGAGGUCCCUUAGUGCGCUUCAAUCAUAGGGUUAAAUUAAGAGAGUGCUCUCUCUUCCUAGAGAGACCCCGAGGACGGUAUCUCUGGCUGAGCCAACGGUCGAUGAGCAAUAGUCACAGCAGUGAAGUCUGCCACAGAGCAGCAAAGUUCACACACAGGGGAGUAAGAGCGAGUGAAAGAGGUGCUGCCGCCAAGAAAGAGACCAGAAAGAAGAUCCAAUCACUUGGAAUCAUCCAGCUUUGCCUGCAAAGUGUCUUCUUGCCUUGGGAGUUUGUUUUUCAGGAAGUAAGAGCACUAUCAGUCUGGGUAGUCCUUACCUUGAAGGAUAGAAAAGUGAUUCUUUGGCUUUCUAGGGACAGCCUUGAAACACAGAUGGACGGGCUACAGUCAGCUGAUACCAGAGCAAGAAAAGGCCCUGAUGCCCUCUGGGCUGGGAGCAGCAGGGAAUUCUGGGAGGGAACUGCACAAAGAAUCCUGAGUGAGGACAAUGAGGGCUUCAGGCAGUACCAAUACCAAGAGCUUGAGGGUCCACGAGAGGUUUGUACCCGGAUGCACAACCUUUGCCGUCACUGGCUAAAGCCAGAAAGAUGCACAAAGAAUCAGAUGCUGGACCUGGUGAUCCUGGAACAGUUCCUGACUUUCCUGCCCCUGGAGAUGGAGAGCUGGGUCAGAGAAUGUGGAGCAGAGACCACUUGCCAGGCAGUGGCCCUGGCAGAAGGUUUCCUCCUGAGCCAGGCAGAGGCCAAGAAGCAGGAAGAGCAGCAGGGGCCAUUUGCAGAAGUGGCCACUGAUUUCCUUAAGGCGGAGAAGGCUCCAUUGGACACCAGUCAGAGGGGGAUAAUACGCGAGGGUGAUAUAGGUGCCACCUUGCAAGAUCAUGUCCCUCUUCUUUAUGCUGGGAUGGAAACCGUGGCUGUGGAGACUGAUCAGGGUCGGGUGUCCUUUGAGGAGGUGGCUGUGCAUUUCUCUGAGGAGGAAUGGACCCUGCUUGAUGGAGGCCAAAGAGCUUUAUACCAAGAAGUUAUGCUGGAGAAUUAUGGGAAUGUAGCAUCUCUGGGUGAUGGGGGGAUGAGAUCAUAUCAGUGCUUGGAGUGUGGAAAGAUCUUCAUCUGCAGGAGUAGCCUUGCUUUACAUCAGAGGAUCCAUACAGAGGAAAAACCAUAUCGAUGCUUGGAGUGUGGAAAGGGCUUCAGUUGGAAACAUCUACUUAUUUCACAUCAGCAAAUUCACACGGGAGAGAAACCAUAUAAAUGUUCAGACUGUGCCAAGACAUUUUCAUAUAAAUCAAGCUUUAAUAAACACCAAAGAGUCCAUACAGGGGAGAAACCAUACAAAUGCCUGGAUUGUGGAAAGGGCUUUGUCAGCAACAAAAGCCUCACUGCACAUCAUAACAUCCACACAGAAGAGAAACACUAUAAAUGCUCAGAGUGUGGAAAGGGCUUCCAUGUUAGCAAAGGGUUAACUUUACAUCAGAGAAUCUGCACAGGGGAAGAACCAUAUAAAUGCUUGGAAUGUGAAAAAAACUUCAGUCGGAAGCAACACCUUACUUUGCAUCAGCUAAGUCACACAGGGGAGAAACCAUUUAAAUGCACAGAUUGUACAAAGAGUUUUUCGAAAGUAACAAACCUUAAUAAACACCAGCGGGUCCACACAGGGGAAAGACCGUAUACUUGCUUGGAGUGUGGAAAGGGCUUCAGCUGGCAACAGAUAUUCAUUUCACAUCAACGAAUUCACACAGGAGAGAAACCAUAUAAGUGCUCAGACUGUGCCAAGAUGUUUUCUGAUAAAUCAAGCUUUAAUAAACACCGAAGACUCCAUACAGGGGAAAGAGCAUAUAAAUGUAUGGAGUGUGGACAGAGCUUCAGUCGGAAGGAACACCUUACUUCACAUCAACGAAUUCACACUGGGGAGAAACCCUAUAAAUGCUUUGAUUGUGGAAAGAGCUUCCGUGUUAGCACAAGCUUAUGUUUGCAUCGGAGAACCCACACAGGAGAAAAACCAUAUAAAUGCCCAGUGUGUGAAAAGAGCUUCAGUCGGAAGCAACACCUUACUUCACAUCAACGAAGUCACACACGGGAGAAACCAUUUAAAUGCUCAGAUUGUACAAAGAGUUUUUCAGAUCUGGCAGGCCUUAGUAAACACCGACGAGUCCACACAGGGAAAAGACCAUAAGUAUUUAGAGUGUGGAAACAGCUUUAGUUGGAAGUGAACCCUCACAUCAGUGCAUUCACACAGGGGAGGAAUCAUGGAAGUGUUCAGACUGCUAAGUUUUUUUUUUUUAAGAUAGAUCAAGUUUCAAUACACACAAAAGGGCCCCUACAGGGGAGGAACCAUAUCAAUGUUUAAUGUUUAAAUGAUUUUAAUUGUAAACCAUUAAAGACACAAGUUUUGGGCGGUAUAGAAAUAGGUUAAAUAAAGAAAUUGAAUAAAAAUUCUUGGAGUGUGGAAAGAAAUUCUGUGAGAACACAGUGAGGUCAUUCACACAAGCAAAAACUGUUCUAACCAGGUUUGGGAGCUCUGUGUACUCCCAAUUUUGGGUUGUGUGGAAGCAAGUUAGUAGGAAAACCUGGGUAGCUUUUCUUCCUAUCUUGCUUCCACACAAUCACUUCUACCUGGGUUUUCCUCUUACCUUGUUUCCACACAACCCAAAAUUGGGAGCACACACAACUCCCAAACCUGGUUAGAACACGGUUUUCGCUUGUGUGAAUGACCUCAGUGUUUAUUUCACAUCAAAUAACUCACAGGGCAGAUUUAUAAAAUAAUUCUAGGGGUUGCGUAAAACUGCUACCCCAAAAGCAGCAAAGACUGUCACUAGUCAAGGAGACUCCCUAUGAUCUGUAAACACUGGUGUGAUGUGUACUUGCCCAGGAAACAUUUGGUGAAUGGGAAAUUGAUCCCUUUCUCUUGUGCUUUUAGGGUGUUUUGAGAUCCCUUUAACAAUUUUUACCUGCUGUUUUAUCUGCUGGUUCUACUGCUGUAUUGUUGGCAUUUAAUAUUCUGGCAGUUAUUUUGAAAAUAUAUUGUUUUUAUUGUGUAGACCAAAAAAAAAUAAAAAUGGAAGCAUGUUCUAUGGGAAGGAAAGAGAAAAAGAAAAUUACACUAUUUAUCCAAAUUAUUGGUUACCUUACUUCUGCCCACCAUUGUGGCUAGAGUUCUGUAAAAUAUUAUUUGAAAUUAUAAUAUUGUGAUUGCAUUUUAUUGUUUUAGAUGGGCUUUUCCUUUGAAGCUGUUCUUGGUGAAAGGUAGAGUAUAAAAUGUUAUAAAUAAAUAGAUGGAGUCAUAGCAGCAGCAGCAGCAGCAGCAGCACAGAAGAGGGAAUUUUACAGCGUUCUUCCCUGUCUUAGGAAUGAGGUAAUGUAAAAAAGCAAACCACAUGCCAUGGGCGUAACCAUAAUAGGGCAAGGGAAGACAGUUGUCUGGGGGCCCCCUGCCUUGGGGGGGGGCAGAGGCAAGUCACAUGACUGACUCCCCCAGCUACACACCCGUCCAGGCUUCCUGCAGUUGUAUUCAGCCUCCGAAACUGAUCUAUGUGUUAAGACCUGGAGCUACCAGAACAGCAUGUCUUUCUCUAGUACCGUUAAAUGACUUGCAUCAUCCACAAUUUACAAAACCUUUUAAAAACUAAUUUAGGAUGAUGUUCUAUUGUGGCACAUAGAAGAUAGGUAGAUUUAAAAAUAUAAAUUUUACUAUGCUUUUUGUUACCACUAUUCAGCCUCGUUUAAGAUUUCUUUACUUCAUGAGCUGAGCUUCACUGAGGGGGGCAGGCAUUUAAAAAUCUUUUCUCUGGGCCCACUCCAACCUUGCUACGCCCCUGCCACAUGCCACUUGAUCUUUCAGCUUAUGCCAUGAUCUUUCUGCCUGGGAAAUAUUAUUUAUUUACUCCAUUUGUAUAUCGCUAUUCAAAAGCAGCGCCGAGUGCAGUGUAAAAUUAAUAAAAACCAUGACCUAAA